GGCAAAACACUGCUGCAAACAGAGCUCUUCCCACGUUUCUCCUGAUAGUGAUGCAAAGACCUGGAGCUUUGUGUCUCACUUCAUGGAUAACAGGAACUGGAGUUCUGUGUUUAAGCUUCUUGCAGCAGACUCUGCGUUGGACUGUGAGCUUGGCGAGAGGUGCAUCAGGCAAAGUGAUGAAAACUUUAGCAGCUGGUAUGUGUGGUUCCUGAUGUUGUUUUUCCUGGCCUUGCUCCUGUCCUGCGGCAUAUGCUGCUGCCUGCAGUGCUGGCUGAAACGGCGGAGCUGCCUUCCCCACCGGCGCACCCUGGCUGUCUUCGCACUCAGCAGUUCAGAUGCCUUUUGUGCAAGUGAAGCACCUCAGUGUCUGUUCUCUGGAUCUCUGAACCCCUGCAUGACCACGGAGAUGUCCUCUUCUUCUGCCCCACAGUUCAGCCUUGGGGAAACUGAGUUGCCUCCAUCCUAUGAGGAUAUUAUGAAGGAAAAUAAUAUGAAGGAGCUCUAGACACCACAUGCUUGCUUUCUGUGAUUCCACUUAUUUCAUCUGAGAUCUUCUGUUAUGCUAUAGUAGUUUGAGAUCAAAUCAGCCCUUUCCGCAGGCUGGCCGAGAGACUGAAAGGCAGCACAUACUUCUUCUAAACCUAAAACGUAAGACUAAAUGCAACAGAAUAAAUGCCAAAACAUGUGUUGAAUUUGUCACAGGAGCUCAACCUGACAUUUUGAUAGGGCUCUGGGUUUCAUGAAGCUCCCUCAAAGUUUUGUCUGCACUCAGGGUUUCUGUCUCAGCCUCCAGAUUUAUCUCUGUAAGGUUGCUUGAGCUGGUGCAAACCUGUGCAGUUUAGGACCGAAUGUUGAUAAAUGUCUUGAUAGUUCCUUCUCAGACUUGGGCUGCCUCUUUCAUUUGGCAUGGUGCCAACAAACACCCUCUGGCAAAGUCAUGUUGUUCUAAUACAUUGUAAUGUAAUCAUGCCACUCUGUGAUGAAGGAUCAUUUGCCACAUUUAAAAUAUUUAGCACAACAUAUCAGAUUUGCCUAGUGUGAAAAGCAGCAAAUUUAUAGCCAGGGAAGGGAAAACAAGAGAUAGGGAUUAUGGAGGGAGCAUCAGAAGCAUGAGGUGGUUACAGAUCACAGAAAAAAAAGUGAGUUUGCUCAUUUGAACUGUUCUUAAUUUCAUAGUGACUGUCUCCAGCUACUCUUGCCCUAGAACUGCAGACCUGCAGGGUUUAAAUUGCCCAGGACCCACAUGGCAGUUCCCCACAGACAUGAAUUAUGGAGUUAGGUAUUUGGUGCUUAGCUACAGAAAUUUAUUGGGAUAAAGAAUGUAAUUUUCUUUGAGAUGACCACUGCAGGAUGGGUGGAAAGAGAUUUCAAGAAGCCAUCCAGACUGCCUUAUGCUCAAGAAGGAUCAGCACUUCAUAAGCCAUUCCUAGGAGGUAUUAGCCUACCCAGUUCUUAAAUUACUGGGGAAAGAUGCUGAAUUUCCCCCUGAACUGGAUUCCAGAUGAAAGCAAAGAUUUCAUUCAUCAUGGACAGGUCACUGAAAGCUGGAUUCAGCCUGCCUGACCUCUCCACCUCUGAUCUGAUCUCUCAAUGGCAAGGGCUGGAGGCGGCACUCAGAUCCCUCUUGGUAUAGAAGGUAAAUGUCACACCCAAUACCAUGCACCCCAUGCCUGUAGAGCAUGGGCUCACAGUCAAAGUGGGCAGCUGAGUCCCUGUUAGGUACCACACAAGAUUAAUGGAAGCCUGCCUUGUGGAGCAGCUCACCGCCUGUAGAGUGUGGUUAGCACCAGUUCCCCUGCUCAGGAAGGAAACUGGGAAGAUAAAUCCACUAAAGGUUAUCACAUAUUUUCAUAAUGAGGCUAUAUAAGUACCUUCACUAGAUAAGGAAUUACAGCGUAUUUUGAGAGAGAAAUUCUCUGCCAGCACCACCGCAAAUUAUCUCUGUAAAAUCUUAUUUUAGAGACAGCUUUACUGUUUGACUGUUGUGUGAAAGGAAAUGAAUGUUACUGUAGCAAACUGAAUGUUUGUGCCAGCAGGCUAAAAUAUUACAGGAUAUAUUAAUAAGGAAAAUUAACACGUACAGACUCAGCCAGCAGAGAAGCUAAACAAUUCUUGAGUGUCCUUUCGCUGGCUGAGCUUACUAGGAAUUGCAGGUAAUCAGCACCUCUCAGGACCAGACCUUUUACAUACGUAAGUGCUUCUGCUACUCAACCCCUUCAAUUUAUGCCCUGAAGCAUGAGAUUUGAUUAUGUUUGUCACUUCAGCUUGCAUAGCCUUCCUACUGGGCAUUAAAUCAGCCAUCGCUUCCUUCCCUCCUAUACACUGCAUUUGCCUCAGUGACCCCCUUGGUGGAAGUUAACUCCACAGGUUGUCUGCAUUAUAUGCUGCAUAAAACAUUACCGUCUCCCGCUUAUUAAUUGCUUGGUUCUAAAUAAAUUGCUGCCUGUAAUUUCA